GUGUCUGUCGUGUUUACGGCCAGCUGUAGCUUCUAGCGUUGGUUACUCCGUGCUGUGCAGAACCACCAUGCUAUUCUGGAAGGUUUCCUGUCUCCUAUCGGCGCUAUCUAUUGCGUCCGCCAAGCUCACAUGGGGAACGACGCAAUUCCUCUUCACAUUUGGCGAUUCCUACACAACCGACGGCUUUAAUAUCUCUGCCGGUGUGGACUCACCCGUGCCGGGCUUUACUUCCUCCAAUGGCCCUAAUUGGGUUCAAUUCCUCGGUGGCACGUACAACGUGACCGACACACAGGUGUUUAACCUUGCUUCGGGCGGGGCGACGAUCGAUGCUGCGCUCGUCGCACCGUUCGAGCCGACGGUUCUGUCCAUCGUCGAUCAAGUGCAGCAGUUCCAUGACAUACUGGCCCCGAAGCCGGCAGGUGCGGAGUGGAACAGCUCAAAUAGCCUCUUCGCCUUCUGGAUUGGUAUAAAUGAUGUCGGAAAUUCCUUCUCUUGGACAAAUGUGACAUCCCAAUCCGACUUCCAUAAAGUCUUGAUGAAGAGACUAUUCAGUCAGGUCGAGAUCCUGUACCAGGACGGAGCGCGGUCUUUCCUUUUCCUGACUGUGCCGCCGACGAACCGUGCCCCUCUGCUGAUCGAGCAGGGCCCUCAGGCUGUAGGGAAGAUUACUGCCGCGCUCGCAGACUACAACGCUCAGCUGGCGGCGAACGUCCGCGCGUUCAAUCAGACGCACAAGGACCUCGACCAGGUCCUAGUCUUCGACACCCGUCCGAUUUUCAACACCCUCUUGAACAACGCCGAGACGUUUGGGUUCGUCAACAGCACAGGCUUCUGCGAUGCGUACCAGAACGGCACCCCUGAGCCGACGACUCAAACACCGCCGUGCGCCCCGGUGUCCAGUUAUUUCUGGCUCAAUACAUUGCAUCCGCUCUUUACCGUGCACAACAUUCUCGCCCACGCCCUCUCGACGGCGCUCAGUGCCUAGCCGCUAGCGCCGCACAUACCUUUCUCGUCGGGGGCUGGAGGAGAACGGUUACCAAAACGGGCGGAGCCUGGAGACGCGUUGCGAUUUCGUUCGGCGUCACGCAGGUUGGGGCGUUGUAUUUGCGCCGCCUGCAGUAUGCGGUGCGGGUGCGUGCAUGUGCGAGUGUACACUGUCGGAAUGUGCGUUGUCUGGGCUGGGUGAGACCCGGCCGAGGUCACUACAAGGCACAAACACGGAUAGAUGGACGUCUGGCAUGUUGCAUCCAUCGGACACGAUUUGGAACGGGUGAGUACGUAUGGACCCAAUUGGGGGGAGAUCGAAACAGCUCGGUGAUAGAGAACGCGUGCGAAUACGACCGGGGCACUUUGGCUCGCGCACGGCGACGCGAAUGGAUGACCGUUACACGCCCAUUC